GAAAUUGCGUCGUUUACCGAAGACCAAGAAAAUGCCAAUACGAAGAAGAAAACUGUGUCUGAUCGAAGAUUAUUUAACGAGUUUCUUAACAGCGAGGAAGAAGAGAGAAACCUAGAAAAUAUUCCAGCCGCCGAGCUCCAACAGUUGGCAAAGAAGUUUGUACUCGGAGUAAGAAAGAAAAAUGGCGAGGAAUAUGAACCAUCUUCUCUGAGAGGGUUUUUGCAAAGUGUUGACCGCUAUCUCCGUAAAAAAGGGUGCACAUUUUCCCUUUUGAACGACAAAGAAUUCUGCGAGGUUCAAGAUAUCCUGAAAAAGAAGCAGAAACAACUUAAGGCCAUAGGAAAGGGAAACAAGCCCAAUAGUGCCGAUGCACAGAUGAAGAUAUAG